UUCUCAGCAGAGCAGAUGGCGUAUUGCAGUCACAGGUCUCUUUGUUUUUUUUUCAAUUUGUUAAGAUUAUUUCUGGUCGUGCCUCUGUCCUGAGGCCGUAUAUCUUAUCGUAAAUUUCUCGAGUGUCCACGUAGUUCCGGUUUUUUAACUUAGUUCUUAAAUCUAAUGUAUUUUAAGUCAGUUCUCAGUUGUCCCAAUCCCAAGUCUAUCCUAACCUAGCUCACCCUGAGCUCUUGAAUAUAAUUUCCUCCUUUCUAGUAAUUUUAUCCAAUCUAGGGUGAUCCGUCGCUAUCCGGUGCUAUUAUUUCAUUUCUACUUUGCUCAUUAUGAAGUUAAUCGGGGCGAAUAUUAAUUUUAGUGUUCUCCUCGGAAAUGAUGUUCUGUGAUAAGUACUUUCAUGAGCGAUAAUGAUUCUCAGCAUGGCUCAAGUAGGUUUUCAAGCCUACUCCUAGCUAGCUUUUGUCGCUCUUCAAAUGUAUGUCUACAAUGCCGCUGAAAUUCACUCAUUACAAUGGGAGGAUGCAUUGGAAUUAACCGCAAUGGCAGAGGAAGAAGCGACGAUUCUCCAGAGCAUGACUUGAGAACAACCCAAUCAGGACGAUCAAGAAAGAAUCACCCAUUAUGCGUGGAAAUAAUAAGGUGGAAAAGUGAUGUACCACUCACAGAAGGUCAACUGCGUAGUAAACGAGAUGAGUUUUGGGACACUGCCCCUGCAUUUGAAGGCCGAAAGGAAAUAUGGGAUGCACUUCGUGCCGCUGCAGUUGCUGCAGAGGCAUCAGAUUUUCAGUUAGCACAGGCUAUACUUGACGGUGCUAAUAUUUCAGUACCUAAUGGUUAUUUAACAGAAUGUUACGAUGAAUUAGGAACAUGCUAUCAGGUGCCAGUUUACUGUCUUUCAUAUCCAAUCAAUAUUGUUAAGGAAAACAGUGGUAGAGAUUCGCCGCCCGAUAUAUCAGAAGCCACAGAGGGAGGGUCAGAAAUGGUACUUAAGCUUCGACUUUCCAGUAGCUGCCAAGAUGUAAAACUUCCAGUUCUUACGCGUGAUACAAUAGGUUAUGUCAAGAAAAAACUACAGAGUCAAGAAGGUAUCGAGCCUUCUCGCCAGCGGUGGUUUUUUGGUGGCAAACUACUUGGUGACAAGCUUCAUUUAGACGAAAUCAAAAUCCAGCCAGGAUAUGUUAUUCAAGUAAUCGUCAAUCAAGAACCGACCACAAGUUGAGUGGAACAGGUAAAUGAUGAAGCGCACAAUUAAUACGAUGUUAUUUUUGAACAACAUACUGCUAUACUUACUUAUUUUUAUUAUUUAUUAUGUUGCAAUCUUAGAAUAAAUUAAAUUUGACUAUGUCAGAACAAUAUUCAGAUAAGAAGUUAUUUUUGUACAUUUUGGUCACUGUUAAAGUGCGUCUUAACUCUAAACAUAUACCAGCUUUCAAGAAGAGCAAAAUGAAGAUUGAAAAUAAUCGUCAGUGAAACAUAAUUUUAUACUUCGACAGUAUUUAAUUUACUCUCUAUUAAGAUUACUUUAUAUCAUAGGUUAGUCAUUAAUUUUUGUUACACUCUUCUUUACCUUUCCGAAAAUAUACUGAUCAACAAAGUU